AUGAGCAUCCUCCGCAAUCGCUCCACGUCUUUGUCGUCUUCUUCUUCUCUCGCACCACCACUCGUUUUCGUAACCACCACCACCGUCUUUACGUUUUCCGCUCGUUUCGGAUGUUUAUUCUUUCGUCUGCCCGUCAUCGAAAGUAUUGUGUUGUAUUCUUUUUCUUUUUCCGAGGGGGGGGGAAAUGAAGAAUUUUCGGACCCAAGUUCCCCAAAACACCAGAAAAGAAACACAAACAAAACGCAUUCAACAGUCGCGGUAAAAACAAUGUCUUCAUCUUCAUCAUCAUCACCAUCUCCUCCAUCUCUCAAACGAUUCCUCUCCGCGCAUUACGUCUUCAACGUGAUAAUCAUCCUUUUAUACCCUCUUUUUUAUAUCUGGUGCGUUGAAAUGAAAGACGAGGAAACAGUUGAGAAAGUCGUCAAUUGGACGAAACAAGCGACGUACAUGACUGGAUUGACGUUACUGUUGAAACUCCGCCGGUUUGAAACGUUAGAUAAAUUCGUUGCGGAUUGUUUCCUGCACGUGAAGAGUUCUAUUUUACUCUUAUCGUUCAUCAUGGACCGGAAAGUGUUUUGGAUUUUUGGAAGUCUCUAUUACUUCCACUAUUUGUUGUGUCAGUUGAGAGAAUAUUCGGGAGCGAGCAAAGCGGAACAUCUGAACGUGGCCUCGUUCGAACGACGCGUGAAAAUCGGCGCCACGAAAGGGGAAGAGACGAAAAAAUGGUUGGUGAUGUUUUACGCGCCAUGGCAUCCACCUUGUAAUCAGUUCGAUCCGACGUUCGCGCAGCUGUCUUUGGAGUUUUCCGACGCGGACGAUAAAGACAGCGGUUUGACGUUUGCGAAGUUUGAUCUCUCGAGAUGGCCGGGCGGAGCCAUCGAUCAUGGGAUCGAUUUGACCGGGAACUCGAAACAGUUACCGACGUUGAUUUUGUUCGAUAACGGCGGCGAAAUUGAGAGGAUGCCUAGGUGCACGAAGCAAGGAGUGAUUGAAAACAGAGUCGUGUUUAGCAGAGCGAACGUGUGUGAACGUUUUGGCUUGAAAGCGGAACGAAAAGAGUUGAAGAAGAGUAAGUAA